UUAAUAUUAUAUAUAUUUAAAAUGCAAGGAAUCUUAAACAAGUUAGCUCCACUUGCUUUAACAGGUGGUGCCAUUAUUUCAUUAGGUCAAAGUGCUAUUUUCAAUGUUGAUGGUGGAGAAAGAGCUGUAAUUUUUGAUAGAAUUAGUGGUGUUAAAAAAGAAUCAGUUGGUGAAGGUACACAUUUUAUAAUCCCAUGGUUACAAAAACCACAUAUUAUGAGCACUAGAACUACACCAAGAACAAUUAAAUCAGAUACUGGUAGCAAAGAUCUUCAAACUAUCAGUGUUUCAUUAAGAGUUUUAUUCAGACCAGAUAUUGAACAUCUUUCAACUAUUUUCAGUAAAUUAGGUUUAGAUUAUGAUGAAAGAAUUUUACCAUCACUCGGUAAUGAAGUUUUAAAAUCAGUUGUUGCUCAAUAUGAUGCAAGUGAAUUAAUCACUCAAAGAGAAGCAGUUUCAAAAGAAAUUCGUGAUGCUUUAACAAAGAGAUCAAAAGAAUUCCAUUUAGUUUUAGAUGAUGUAUCAAUCACCCAUUUAAGUUUUUCACAAGAUUUUACCAAUGCUAUCGAACAUAAACAAGUUGCUCAACAAGAAGCUGAAAGAUCCAAAUAUGUUGUAAUGAAAAAUGAACAAGAAAAGAAAGCCUCCAUUAUUAGAGCUGAAGGUGAAGCUGAAGCUGCUAAAUUAAUCAGUAUAGCCAUGGCUAGUGGUCCAGGUUUCAUUGAACUUAGAAGACUUGAAGCCGCUAAAGAAAUUGCCGAAAAUUUAUCAAAAUCAAAAUUAGUUACCUAUGUACCAGGUAGUGGUGGUAAUGGUAAUAACCUUUUAUUAAAUAUAAAUAAUAAAAACUAAAUCCUAUAAAUAAAUAAAAUUUAAAUAUAAAAU